AUGCUAAAUUUCAAUAAUGAAAAAAGUGAAGAAUCUGUUUAAUAAUUUUAGGAUGGAGUGGAUUAUGAGGAGGAUUGUUACCAUUUAGAAAACGAAUAAGAAUAUUAAUAAUAAUAUCACUUUCAUACUUAGAAUCCAAAAUUAAACACUUAAGUUUAAGUAGAAAGAUAUAAGACUUUGAUGAAUUAAGAGCCUAACACUAAGAACAUUCCAAAGACAUUUGGAAAUAACUUCAAAAAGUUUAUGGAAGAUUAAAAAAAAGAUAAUCAAGAGUAUUUUUCAAAGAAUCCUAUGCAGAAAGAAUUGAGCAAUUUUAUUAAUAAAAAGAAGACUGCCAAAUCAGCUGAUUACACUAUUCAAGAUUUUAGAGAUAUCUUUGAUUGUCAUCAAACAAAUUAAUGGUUUCAAUUUUAUGUUGAGAAUGUUUUACUAUUGGAUUUAAUUAAUUCUAAUAGGAUUGAAGAUCCAGAUAUAUACAUUAUAUUUAUAGAGCAUUAUUUAGCUGGAGCUCGGGACCCACUAAAUUUCAUUUCAAAUCGUCCAAUCAAGAGUAAAAAAUAAGACUUAAAGUUCAAAAAGCAAAAGGAGAAAUAAAAAGCAAUUUAAUAGAUUUAACUCUAAAAUUUACAAAAUGAUGAAUAAAAUUUAGGAAUUUAAAAUUAACAGUCCGAUUAAGAAAAUAAUUAAGAAAUUUUUAAUGAAUUCUCAAUUAUGAAUGGCUAGGAUUACCAUAUUGAUAAAGAAUUUAACGAUAAUUCUGAUUGA